GAGGGUGCAAAUAUCUUUUUUUAGUUUCUGUUCUUGGGAGCGGCCGAGAAGCAGGAAGCUUUUCAAAGUCCUCAUUUUGCUUCAAAAAAUCAGACCUAUAAUUCCCAAAGUAAUUGUGAGCAUGGGUGAUCUACAGACAUUACAAGAUGAAUUGGAGCAAUUAAAGAAACAAUGCGAGCAAGCAGCCAAACAGAAAACGGUAAAAAAAUUAGAAAGACAAGUAGCGAUUGAGAAAUUUGACGAACUGGAGAACGAGCUAGAUGAGUUGAAUGUGACAAAAAAAAAACUUCAAGAUGCCUUAAAAGAACAACAGGAACGUUUCCAGGAAGAAAUGUUGGAUCUAACUGCGACGUAUGAUGAACUGAUAGAGGAAGAGUCUGAACUUCAGAAGAACUUCUCUACAAGCGAAAAAAAUUGUAGAAGCAUCCAGGAUAACUUAAUGGUUUACGGUCAAUUGCCUCAGAAGAAUGUCAAUUUUAAAGAGACUCUGAACACUGCAAAUGCACCUAUGGACAUUACCUACACCUGUUACAUGACUUCAGGUCGCCCCUUUAUCCUGGGGGCUGGACAGGCCCUGCUGACGUUUGAGAAGGAGAAAGUUGCUAACUCCGUUCUUACCAAGAAAAGACAUUGUGUGGAGAUCAGUGACGCAAGAGUCAAUGUGGAAGCUCAGCAACCUCAACUAGACAAAUCGGUGAAGUUUGAGGUGCGCAUGGAUAUUUCAUGCAAGAAAUUAAAAGUUUCCAAUCUGCCUGAGGAUAUUGCUGAAGAGACCCUAAAGGACAAAGUGGAGCUGACCUUCUAUAAAUCUAGUAUUGGAGGAGCAGAGAUCGAGGAGGUGGAAUAUGACAGGAAUCAUAACACUGCCUAUGUCACAUAUUUACAGAAUGGAGUGGCUCAAAGAGUCCUAAAGAGUCGUUGGCACCAGUUCGUGGCUGGAGAAGUCACGUGUGAAGUUGAGGUGAUGCCGUGUGUGAAUAUAGAACUGAACAAGCUGCAGAUGUUUUCUGCCGAUUCCCCAAGGUCAGUGCUAUUAACUGGCAUCAAGAAUGUUGAUGGAGAAGAAGAUGAUGUUAAAGAUUUCAUUGAGAUCCACUUCCAGAAAGAGAGCAUUGGCGGCGGUGAGGUGGAAAGCAUUUCGUUUUCCCAGGAUAAGAAAAAAACACUCAUAUUCGAGGAGGAUUUGAAAUAAGAUGUACAUUCUCUCCCUAUUUCCUAUUACAUAAAACUGCCAUGCCAAAAUUGAUAGCACUGCAGUUACUUUGGAAUUGCGUUUGUUGUCUGGUGACUGUGUUAUGAAUCGUAAUUAAUAAAGAUUUCCAGCUUUGAAUCAACACA